AUGUCAUCCAAACCAGUAUUCGUCUUCCUUCCCGGCGCUUGGCACAUCCCCUCUGUUUACGAUGCCGUGAUAUCCAAACUCAGCACCCACGGCUACUCCAGCCAAGCUCUACCCCUCCAAGCAGUCGUCGCUCAGCCCGCAGUCACCACCCUACAGCCCGACAUUGACGCUCUCAACACCGCCGUGCGCUCCCAAGCCGAUACAGGAAAAGAUGUCAUCGUCGUCAGCCAUUCCUGGAGCGGGAUCAUCGUCGGUGGUGCGCUUGAAGGGCUGAGCAAGAAGUCACGGGAGCAGGAGGGGAAGAAGGGAGGUGUGGUGAGAUUGGCUUAUAUCGCUGCUUUUGUGCCUAUGGAGGGCGUGGGCUUGCUUCAGGCUUUUGGUGGGGAAGAGCCGCCGUUUUAUAUCGUCGAGAAGCCUUGGGUCACUCCUUUUGGUCCACCAGGUCCUAUCCCUCUUUUCUACCAUGAUCUUCCGAGUGCAGAAGCCGAAUCAUGGGCUGCUAAACUCGCUCCGCAUUCGUAUGCGACGAAGUUCUUGGGGACGGACCGUUGCUCGUGGAAGGAGAUUCCGAGUAGCUAUCUGAUCUGUGAAGAUGACAAAGCAAUUCCGCCGUCGGUGCAGGAGGCUAUGGUUGAUGCUUGUAAGAAGGAGGGGGCGACCAUGGAUAUUACUAGGGUGAUGAGUUCACAUAGUCCGUUCUUAAGCAAGGUCGACGAGACGGUGACUUGGUUGAGAAGCGUUGCUGGUGAAAAUAUGUAA